CUCAAGCAGCCGUGUGAGAAGAAAUCAACUCGUUUCUCUCUCUUCCUCGAAACCAUUUCGUCCAAUAUUCACAAUAUAUUUUCUCUCAUGCAACGCCCUUCUCAACACGUUCAUUCCGGAUUACACUUCCCCUCUCUUCCCUUCCACGAGCAAAAGACGGGAGAAUCCUUCACUUAAUCAUCGUCAUCUAUCGCAAUUCGUAAGUAUUUGCAGCAUAAAUUUUUGAAACCAAAUCUGUCUGUUGCACCAUGAGCGGCCUCUUGUCUGGCUCCUACUCUCGCCUCCGCAAUGGUGACGACAGCCACGCCUUUGAGCUGAGCUCUGAUGGCGGUGGUGCCGGCGUCAGCCUCGACAAGUUCUUCGAGGAUGCUGAGUCGAUCAAGGACGAGCUCAAGGAGCUGGGGAGCCUCCAGCGGAGGCUCCAAUCCUGUCACGAGCAUAUUAAGACGCUGCAGAACGCCAGGGCCGUGAAGGACCUGAGGGCCUGGAUGGAAUGGGACGUGGAGGAGGCCCUGAAGAAGGCGAAUGCGGUGAAGAAGAGGCUCGAGGCCCUCGAGCGGGCCGACGCCGCGAACCCAAACCUUCCCGGGUGUGGGGCGGGGUCGUCAUUGGACCAGACAAGGACGUCGGUGGUAGACGGGCUGAGGAAGACGUUGAAGGACAACAUGGAGGGAUUCAACAAGCUGAGGGAGAAGCUAUCGUCAGAGUACGAGGAGACGGUGCAGCCGAGGUAUUUCGCGGUAACCGUAGAGAAUCCGGAGGAGAUGACUGUGGAUCUGAUUUCUACUGGCGAGAUCGAGACGUUCUUACGUAAAGCGAUCCAGGAACAACGCCGAUCGGAGAAGGACAUGGAGAGGAACCGCAAGAAAUCCCUCCGCCAGCUCUUACUGGCCUCUAUUUUCUUGAUACUCCUCGUGGUGCUGAUUACUCUCUCAGUCGUUAAACCUUGGAUUUACUAGGCGGCGCCGCCACACGAGGGCCGCGGCAUUUGGUGUCUCUCUCUCGGAGUCUUGUUCUGAAUGUUCCUGGGGUGGAUGUUGCUUUUGGUUUCGAACAUAGUUAUGCUUUAUUGAUGUUUUCUAGGUCAAUGAAUUUUAUUGAUUAGUUCAUCUAUGUUACAUAAGGUGGUGAGUUCCUAAAUCAUGAGGAGGAACUUUGUCUUCUCAAUAUAAUUGUCACAAGAUGCACAUAUGCCUAAAAAAUUUAUUGUAUUUGCCUCGCUAGAAGACUUGGCAUUAGAUAACUAGAAAUCUUUUUGUGUAAUACUCGUAUCAAAUGACAUGUGAUACGAGUUUCAAUGUUGCCGUUGAUUGGUUUCUUCAGUGGACAUCAAAACACUACGGCUUUUCCACAAAGGACAAAGUCAAAAUUUGUCUAUGGACUAUCGA